AUGGCAUCUAAUAAAGGAGUGGCUAUUGUUCUUAUAGGUGUUAGCGGUGCUGGAAAAUCAACAGUAGGAGCAAUGCUGGCAAAAGCAAUCGAUGGACACUUUCUUGAUGCUGAUGACUACCAUCCACAAUCAAACAAAGAAAAGAUGCAGAAUGGGAUCCCUCUUUCAGAUGAAGAUCGCAUUCCUUGGCUCGAAACUCUACGCGAUGUCCUACGAGUUGGCUUGUUGAAUGGAGACACUGUAAUUCUUGGAUGUUCCGCUUUGCAAAAGCAGUACAGAGAAAUUCUUAGAUCAGCUGAUCCAGAUUACAUACCAAGUUCGUAUUUAGGUGUAGUAAAGUUUGUUCUGUUGGAUGUUUCGGCUGAGGUGCUUGCUGCUCGACUAGAGAAAAGAGCCGCAGAGGGGAAUCAUUUCAUGCCUGCUAAGCUCUUGCAAUCUCAAUUAGCUUUGCUUCAGAUCGAGGAAGCCGAAGGGAUAAUAAAAGUGGAUGCUUCACUAGACCCUCAAGCCACUGUUAGAACUAUACAAGCAUCAAUAUGA